AUGACCAUUUCAAAACUAAAUUUCAUUAGAAAAUUAGGUGAAGUUGAAAAAUUCUUUACUUCAAUCACAAGAAUUGGACGUUAUAAUAAUUUUAGUUAUAUUGUUGCCAAACAACAAACUUAUUCACCUGAACAAAUCCAUUAUUCAUUAUCUCAAACAAUCAAAUCAAAUCCAAUCUUAGCAAGUGUUGUCUUGAAUGAUUCAAUAUAUUUACCAGAUUCAUUGAAAUUGAAUCAAGUUUAUUCAAAAUGGUCAAACCAUAUCAAAUUGAAUGAACUAUUUUCCAAGAUCAAUGGUAUUAGAUUUAAAUAUUCUGAAGAUUCAAAUCUCUUUAAGAUUGUUGAAACUGAUUCACAUUUUGCCUUUACUAUGGAUCAUUCAAUAUUUGAUGGGAAAUCAGUAAUGUCAUUAUCAAAAGAUUUCUUAUCAAAUUUAAACAAUACCCCAGCUUCCCAAAAUGUCAAUGAACCAAUUUAUAAAUUCAACCCUAAAGAUACAAUCUCUCCACCUUUAGAAACUAUCCUACAUCCAAACUCUACAAUUCCUAAAAGAUUAACAUCAGAUUUACCAAGAUUUGAAUCUGGUGUUCAUUCAUAUGGUUUAGGUAAACAUCAUUUCCAAACCAAAGUCAUCAAGAAGCCAUCAAACUUGAACAUGUCAUUAACAACCAAGAUUCAAACAUCAUGGGUCAAGGCAUUGAUUGAAAUGGGGUUCCCAAAAUCAGUUCAAUAUGAUACAUGUUUUGGAGUUGAUUCAAGAAGAUGGAUUGGUAAAUUACAAGAUUCAUCAAUUAGAUAUGGAUGUUAUUCAACUGGUUAUUUCCAAAGUAUUGAUCCAUUGAAUGUGGAUCCUCAACUUUAUAGUGAUGAAUUAAGAAAUGACGCAUUGACUGGUGAUAUUUUACAACCAUUUAUGAUGUAUGCUACAUCUGGAUUGAAUUGGGAUGAAGAAUUUUCUAAAAAUUAUAAGGAAAUGCAUAGAGGAUGUCUUGAAAUUACAAACAUUGGUAAAGUGGAAGAAUUAGAUAGUUGGUUUGUUCAAUCAACUUUUGAUUUGGCGUUUGUGUUUGGUAUUAAUUUAGUUGUCUCGGGUGAUGAUUUAAGAUUUGUAUUCACUAUGGUUGAUAAUGAAAAGAUUGAUUUACAAAAAUGGAGUGGGAUAAUUGAUAAAUUUGAAUUUUUCAUGAUUAAUCAUUAG